GGUGAAAAAGUUUAUGAAUGCGCCUAAGUCCUUCCAAUACGUGAAAUUUGAUGAUGUGCGAACAAAAAGGGUGGUUGUUACGAGAAAGCGGGUGUCGGAGAGGAUGGAGCACCUGAGGAAGGAGUGGCCCAUCAGCGGUUGCAUGUUGCAACUUGACGGGUGGACCGAUAGACGAGGAAGACCAUUCUUGAACAUCAUGGUUUCCUUCCCCAAAGGCAUCGUCUUUUGGCAGGCUGUUUGCAUGCAAUGUCGGGACAAAGGGGCGAAGGCAUACUUCAACAUUUUGGCGAGGGUUAUCCGCGAGAUCGGGGAGGAGUCAGUCGUAGGGGUGGUGAUGGAUAAUGCAGCCACAUGCGCAGCUGUGGGGCAGACGGUCGAAGCUGAGUUCAACCACAUCUUCUCAGUCUCGUGCACAGCGCACAGCAUUGACCUGAUUUUCAAACAAUUCGGGAAGAUCGGUUGGCUGGACGUGGUGCUCAAGAAGGCAGUAGAGCUGGUGAAAUUUUUUAUGAACCACACGAAGGUGCAAAAGACGUCCUCACAACUCCUCGAUUUGUUGAAGUUGAGUGACGGAGUCAGCCCGACGAUCAGCAAGAUCUACGGGCGCAUGGACGAGGUUGUGGAGAGCUUAGGGAAGAAGGACUGUUUCACAGAAGUGGAAAAAGGGGAGCCUGAGGAGAUCAUCAUGCGAAGGUGGAACACGAUGACUUCUCCGCUGCAUUGUGCAGCGAUGUUUCUCGAUCCUGAGUUCAGGGACUCUAGCCUGGAUAAGGAUCCGGAGGUAAUGGAUGGAUUCUGGACAUGGUUGUACUCUUGGGCGAAGCCGUCGGCGUACCGGGGGUUGAACGAGGAAGUAAAUUGCUGGAUUGAAGGGACGGGGAAGUUCAGAAGUGAGAGAGCCCUUGCAGACAUGUCCAAAGGCCAGCCAGCGAGAUGGUGGAGGAAGUGGUGCAGCGACAUGCCGAACUUGCAACGCCAGGCGAUCCGUUUGCUUGGACAGGGGUCCUCUGCCUCGGGGUGCGAGCGGAACUGGAGUCUCUUCGAAAGAAUUCACACCAAACCACGGAACAGCCUUCAAGUUGGAGUCGGAAAAUUGAGCAGAUUGGUGUACAACAGAUGGAACAAGCAUCUGUUGGACAAUCCAGAGAAGAAGUCUGAUGAAAAGGAGGAGGCGAAGAAGAAGAAGCCAUGGAGGAACGGGGUUGGGGACUUGACACCGGAGCAAUUGUACGACGAGGCAAAGAAGAGGGUGGAGGAGUGGAGAGCCAAGCUGCGCAGGGAUAGGGAGGAGGGAGAGGAUGGCAAGAGAGAAGAAGAUGACGACGACGAUGAUGGUGGCGUUGAGAACGUCGCCACGACAAACCCCAUCGCACGCCGGCGGGCCAGCAGCAGCUUGCUUGAGCUCGAAAGGGAGCUCAACAAGGACCUGCUUUCAUUGAGGAAGGCCAUACGGCCUUCUUUGUACCUCGCCCGGUUGCAUUUGGAGGAAUCUCAGUGUGCGAGCAAGACUGUCACUCACGAGCAUGCUGAGAAGUAUAUCAGUGCGAGACCUGAAGCGUGUGCACCAAAUGUGAAGGGGCCCGCGAAUAGGCUUCGAGGGCGACCGCGGAAGGUGGCACAGGUGCAGGAUGCCGCAGUGGAUGUGGUGGCUAUGGUGGAAGAUGGAGAGGCAUGUGAGCAGGGGAGCGAACAGGAUGCUGCUGUUGAGGUUGCAGCGAAGAGGCCUCGAGGGCAACCGCGGAAGGCCUCGCCAGGAGAGGAGAUGCAGGUGGAGGCCACCCGCCCCGAGGCAGAGGGUGAAACAUCUCGGAAGGGCAGCCCCGAAGCCGAAGAGCGGGAGGACAGCAGCACAGACGAAUCUUUUGAAUCGUCGGGUGCUGAUUCUGAAGAUGAACCGCUUGCAAAAAAAAAACGCAAAGAUUAGAGCAAGGAGGGAGGGAGAGAGAGAGAGAGAGAGAGAGAGAGAGAGAGAGAGAGAGAGAGAGAGAGAGAGAGAGAGAUUAAGUUAUGUGAGCUGUUAUAAAGUUGUGUAAGGAAGUCCCUAAGUUCAGUCUUCGGAACCGCACUCUGGUUCGAUGAAUUUAAAUUUUAAUUAUUUUCUCAAUUUUCUCUCUUUUUUAACUUUUUUUUUUUUCACUUGCAAUUGUCGAAGACCAGUGUCUCUUUUGUGUUGUUUAUGUGUGUGCUCGCAGGUACGACGGGGUCGAGGCGUGGAGGUACGUCAUUUUGUUUUUCUUUGCAAGUGUGUAAUACAGUGUGUAUGUUAAACUAAAAGUGUGUACUUUGAAACUACUACAAGUGUGUACUACUACUUCCCAUCCCGUGAAAAAACAGUUUUUUUUACGUUCCGGACUUUUCCGAACCUGCCUGGAAGUCUGGACGGUCCGGAACAGCCAAUGUCCGGAAGUCCGAAUGUGUCCAGAACUCCGGACAUCCGGAAAGUUCUGGACCUGCGUCCGGAAUCCGGACAUUGACUAAGCGGGUCCGGGUCCGGCAUAGCCAUGAUAAAAUGCAAGUAUUGCCCGACUUGACGAAAGACCUUUUUUUUUUUUUUUUUUUUCUUGAAACAAAACAAUGCUCCAUCU